AUGGAGAACAGUACAUAUCCUGGAACUGACACAGAAUACAGUAACACGUGUGAGCUCCAAUCAAAUACAAGUCAAGGAUUAAAUUUAGUGGAAAACUGGCUGAACUUAACAAUUGAAGAUGAGAUUUCACGAGGUUCAAAACUUCGAAAUGAAAAAAGUAGAAACUGUCCCCCCCGAACAGAAUGUCGACUGGUGGAUAUAAAUAAUUCAAAAACAGUUUACGACCGAAAUCUUAAUUAUAGAGCGAAAUCAAAUUCAAGAUGUUGGACGCAACAGUCUUCUUACGGCUAUAACCCACAAGCUUUUUCCUGUUCCCCAACUCGUACUCUCAGUAACAAAAGUAAAAGUGCUGCAAGAUGUUCACUGAGAAUUGCAGAGCUUGCUGUGCCGACAAAAAGGCAAUGCAUAGAAACAUGGCGGACCAAAUGCGAUAUACUCCCGCCGUUCAUGGUUGAAAGAUUAAAGCAACAAGUAAUGGACGAAAAACCUUUAAUACACAUAACCGAUGCCGUUAACUGUUUCAAGAGGACAAAGUCUAAAUCUACGAAAUCAUCAAAAAGACAAAGAACGUUUGUUCGCGAUAAUAAAAUAAACAAUGAGAGAAUGUUAGAGUUGAGAAAGUUAUGCGCUAUAUUUGGCAAAAAAAUUGCACAGAAGUUGAUAACACCCCAAAACAUAAAAUUAAACCCAGAAUUGGACAAAAUCUCGAAAAUUGUUGCGGAUGAACUUGCUAAUAUAAUGAAAAGUGGCAAAGUAUAUAACGAUAAUGUUGGAAAUAAAAUGCAAGCUGAAAUAUCUGAAAAGAUUGCAGUUUGGGUCGGAACUAUUUUGGAAGAUACGACGUAUAAAUUAUUAGAAGAAGACCUAAGAGACUUAGAAGAAGAAGAAGGUCCCGUAUUGGAUUUUAUCGAUGAUGUUAUCGAUAACGUUAUGAAAAUAUGUAAUCCGCAACUAGAAGGCAUUGUUCUGGACAACUAUUCUGAAAAUAAAUCACAUGCAAGCAGUGAGGAUCGAGAUAUGAAUAUUGCAUCACCACUGGCUUUAGAAAAUAAUGAAUACAAUACACCUUUUCUACACGAAAAUAUUCUUAACGAAACGAAGGAUAAUAUAACAGAUAAUAAAGGAAAUUCAAAUAAUGUAACUACAGGUCAAAUUCAAAAUGAAUUCAACAAGAAUAGUGAUACCAUCAUCACUGAUGAUUCUAAUAAAGACGAACCCAAUAUUCAACUCGUAAAUAAAAGUGGAAUCAGUGAUGUAGUUGAUAAAGAAACUAUCUCCGAUACUGAUGAAAAUGAGGAACAGCCACAUAGUAAUAAUGUACAAAUACAAGAAAACUCUGAACUCAAAUCAAUCCCUGAGAUAAUACAUUUGGAUGAUGAUACUGCAGCUUUAGAAGGUUUGAGCCUUAAUAACUUGGAGGCGUCGAAGUUGAAUAAAGUGAGUGAUGUAGUUGGGAUAUUUACUGAAGAGUCUUAUGAUGACAAGGAUAAAAAAGUUCAAUUUUCAGAUUUAGAUUCGGGAAUUCGAGGCAGGAAUCAACAAUUAAAUAAGAGUGGGUCUCAAGCCCUAGUACAACAAAUCGAUACCGUACCCUCAUUAACUUCUGCACAUAUUAAGCCAAAAAUAGUACUCUCACCGCCGAAUAAAAAUUUGCUAAGUGACUUAGACGAAUCAUGGCCAAAAGACUUAGUUAAUCCUGUUCCCAAGGCCACCGCAAAUAUCAGUAGAUCUGUCACUUCGCUAGGCAAUAUCGUAGAAAAUGAAGAAAAACUUUCUGCCAUAAUUAUAGAAAACGGAUUACAAAAGGAUUUAAAAUCUAUUUUGGAUAACAAUCUAUCUAAACCAGAUUAUGAAGAAAGGAAUGCAGAUAAAAAAUAUGGAGAAUUAGCAAAAGAUAAAAUAACAAAUCAAAACUUGGAUGACACAGUAGUGUCACCAACAAAUAGAUCACAAGAACAAAAGGGUGAAUACAAAGGUAAUGUUCUUGGUACGUUGAACGAAUCAACUAAUGAAUUAUUUAUAAAACCAUAUGAAACUGAAGCUGGUAGAACUAUUGGAAUAGUGGACAAAGAUAGAAAUCAAAAACAUGACGUACCCAUAGAAAGUUCUGCAAAUGACAAUAAUGCUAAUGCACCUCAAAAAGCUCGUCUCUUAUCCAUAAAUGCAAGUCAUCCAAUAGAAAAGACUACAAAAUGCGAAGAAAGCGGAACAAGCGCAACAAAUAUUAUAUAUCAGGCAGUUCAACAGAAGAUGAAUUCUUCUUAUACUCUGCCAGGACAUAAGUUUGAUUAUAAAGUCAACCCAAACACGCUCCCAUCGUGGCUAAGGCACGACCGCGGAAGAGGUGAACCGAGUGAAGAUUCAAUCGAUGGACAAUAUACGAGUAAAAAAAAAUUAAAAGAAAACGAAAUACGCAUCUGGUGUAAAGAUUUAGAACGGAUGUUCGCCAAUUUGGACUUAUGGAAUAGCUGGUUAGAAACUACAUGCAAAAAUAUUUUAUUUCUAAAACAAAAAAGAGAUUAUUCUGAAUUAUCCAAAUCACUAAUUACACAUACAAGAAGAAAAUAUGCUAGAGAAUGGUUGACAUUAAAGAAAAAUAUUGACAAAGAUUCUAUUUUGUGGACGAAGAUGAAUCAACGAGCGAACGAUAAAUUGCAAAAUUACAAAGCUAGGUGCUCAUUGGAAGAAAAAUCACAAGCACAACCGCAUCCGCGAUUUAUUUUUAAUAAUAAAAUGAUCAUGGAAGCAAUGGAAGACAUAGAUAGAAUAAGCUUCUGGAUUCAUAGAUCGGGCAGCGUUCUGAGCUCACUUUUAUACGCAUAUACGUAG